ACAUUCAACAUGGCGGCGAACAGAGCAGGCAAGUCUCCUGUUGUUCUGUCGUCUGUUCCUCUCCAGCUCCUGCUCUACCUUACUGCUCUUUACUAUGUAUUCUACUUCCUCUCUACAUUCUGCAUGAUCAUCUACAAGAGUCGUGUGAUGAGCUACCCUGAUGACCUCCUAACCCAGGACGUAGGUCUGCUCUUCUUCAUGGCUUGUCUUGAGCUGUUCCGACUCUACUGUGUGUCUACUCCUGACCCCAUCAAUUAUAGCUGCACAGACAGCACCUCCAGAAUCUCCUUCCACUCCUUCACUACCAAACCUUCACUACCAAACCUUCACUACCACUCCUUCACUACCAAACCUUCACUACCAAACCUUCACUACCAAACCUUCACUACCAAACCUUCACUACCAAACCUUCACUACCAAACCUUCACUACCAAACCUUCACUACCACUCCUUCACUACCAAACUUUCACUACUAGUCUUUCACUACCAAACCUUCACUACCACUCCUUCACUACCAAACUUUCACUACCAGUCCUUCACUACCAAACCUUCACUACCACUCCUUCACUACCAAACUUUCACUACCCGUUCUUCACUACCAGUCCUUCACUACCAGUCCUUCACUACCAAACCUUCACUACCACUCCUUCACUACCAAACCUUCACUACCAAACCUUCACUACCAAAUUUUCACCUCCACUCCUUCACUACCACUCCUUCACUACCAACCCUUCACUACCCCUCCUUCACUACCAAACCUUCACUACCAAACCUUCACUACCAAUAGCAUUCAGAAUGCUAGUGGUAUCCUGUCCCGGAGCUCUACGGACAAUUCCUUUGACCUCGUGGCUUGGUCUUUGCUCUGUCAACUGUAGGACCUUAUAUAUAGACAGGUGUGUUUCCAAAUCAUGUCCAAUCAAUUGAAUUUAUCACAG